AUCUGUCCUGUGAUCAUUUCUAAUAGGCAAGCAGGUGAUCAGCCUUCUGUCCCUGACACACACUGUCGAGUUUUUGUCAAAAAGAUGAUUCCCUUCAGGUUUAGCACUCGCACAUAGCAAAAGUCCAUUGGUCCACAGCCGGGAUCGAACCUACGACCAUAGUGAUGAGAAUUGAGAGUCUCACAUUGAAACCGUUUCGCCAACACUGCUUUCAGUUAAACAUUUUUUUUUAAUAUUAAUAAAAUAAUAUUGUUAAUAGAAUUAACACAUAAUAAACAAUUUAUUUUUAACUGUAAAUUAUGUCAUCCUGCAUCUGUGGUUAAUUGGACAAUAUAAUUGGCAGUUGACAUAAGUGUUGUUUGACUUUAUCUGUGGCAGGCGCAGACGCGCUAGAGAUGGGCGGCCGGUACAAUAUAAAAAAAUAACGAUCAAAAACGGAAAACGAAUUCAGUGCGGCGCGGACGUAUUUAUUUUAUUCUUUAUGAAUUAAAUAUUGAUAACUACUUUAUAUUAUGAAUUAAAGGGUGUAUAUUUUGCUACUAUAUUUUACAAGUUAUAAGAUUAAUUCUUUAUUUCCGUGCUAAAACCGUAAAACAGAGAAAUGAAGGAUCCCUUUGUUACCGACUCCUAUAUUGAUUCGCCUACACGGGACAGUUUAAAGCAUAUUGACGGGUGUUACAGUAAAAAAUUAUUUAAAAACAAAUCCUUCAUGAAUUCUCGUCGUGCCUUACAAUCUGGUGCUGAUAAAAUCUCAAGAACAUUCAAGAAUAUGAGGAAUACUUUUGGAGACUUGUCUCAGCAUUUCAGGCUCGGUGGAAGAAGGAGGCACAGAUUGGCUGAAGCAACCUCACCAUGUAGAACACCAUGUACUCCUGUUACAAAGAAAAAACAGAUCCUAGGCCGCAGUCCCACCAAAUUAUACAGUCCAUUUGGUAUUGAAACACCAAGGAGUAGGGACUUUCGGAUAUCUCCGUACAUGCCUAAUACGCCAGAACAUGAGAUUUCACCGAAACGGCGCAAGGGAAUCGCUCAUUGGCACCUUUUAGGAAAGAAACCGAGAGCCCUUUUUCAGUAAGAUAUUUCCAACGCACAAUUCCCACCGCUUAAUAUUAACUAUUUAUUAGCUAACCCAAGAUGUAAGAAUACGUGAUUGGUGCUAUGUGUGACUGAGACUGAUGUGAAAAAUAUACCCACCUCAUUUAAACCACCUUUGUUACCAUACUGCUGAGUCUUUUAAUUCAACUUACUAACAGCAAAAUACAAUAGACAAGCGAAUACAAUAAUAUGCUCGAAGCGUGUAUCCUUAACAUACAGUUAUGAUUGCUUUCGUUACUUCACGUCAUGAUAAAUAUAAUGGCAUGUAUUUUUAGCAAUGAAAAAUCAUAUUAAAAUUAAAUAUGAGAAAUUAUCAAUUUUUAAAAGGCCGGCGACGCACUUGCGAGCCCUCUGCAAUGUGAGUGUCUUUCACUUAACAUUAGGUGAGCCUCCUGCCUGUUUGCCUGUUACAUAAAAAUAAAAAUUUAUAUAUAAUAAUUGUUUUAUGUUGUGUAUUUUAUUUAAAACACGCCAGCGGCUGGUCCGAUCAGUUAGGACAGUAAAAAUCUAAGUAAUAUUUUUUGCAGAUAUGUAAUAAUUUAUAAAUUAAUUUAUUUUGUAAAUAUUUGGGUAUAUUUUUUACUAGCGUGCUUACAUUGUCAUAUCGUAAUAUGUAUGCCUUGGUGCAGUGAUAUUUACAUAGCAUAUACUUAUGUACAAACAAACAUAGCUGCUCAAUAUUGUAACGGCUAGUUAAUAUUUAUUUGAUCGUGUUUAGACUCUUUACAAUUUGUAUGGAGAAACUUUAAUUACCUAAAUGUUUUUGAAGUUAUACUUCUUUAGGCGCGUUAUGAAAAAUUGAUGAGUGUGAAAUUAUACGAUGCGCACGCACCGUUACACAAAAUUAACAGAAUGAAGUUGCCCACGGAAGAUGCUACGGCAUUG